UUUAAAAAAAAAGGGAUCGGAGCCGAAGAAGAGCAAAUAAAGUAAUUUUUCGUGUGUUGCUAUCUCGCUUGUUUAAAAAGUGUGUGUGUGUGUCUUGCAGUGGAGAGUGGAGUGGAGAACCAAUGCCAAAGGGCCAAAUUUGAUUUAAAGUUGCAAUUAAAAACGAAUAGGAUGUUAAUUCACAAAAUGCAGACGGUAAAGGCAUGACAAAACGCGCAACAAGAUAAAAUUGAAGGUUAUUCUUUGUGCGAGUGUGUGUGUUUGCGUGUGUGUGUGAGAGAGUGUUAGUGUGAGUAAAUGUUCCAAUCACCGCAGCCAUUGUAAACAAAAAAGCAAGUGUUGAGAGCGAGAGAGAGAUAUUGCGCACGCUUGAAGAAAGCAGCCAAAGAGAAGGCUGGAAAUGUCAAUAAACUUUGCAAAAGCCACGGCACUCGCUAUAUAACCCAUACACCCAUACAAGUGCGCCGCCGGACUCACCCUGCCUGGACGAGAAAUUUACCGUAAAUAAUUCACAGGUGCAAAAUCCAAGUGGCGGCCGAUAUUUGUCGUGCAAUAAUCUCAACCUGAGAAGGCCUUAAGGUGGCCCACUAACACAUCAUAUUAUUAAAACACAAAAAGCGGUGCUUACAAGUCCACUACAAAAAUCUAUUUAAUUAAAAAAGUGGCCAACUUUAAUAAUCUUAUCAACUAAAAAAAAAAUAUAAUCGACUGAACCAAAAAGACAAUCGGAUUUUAGUUUUAAAAUAUGUGGAAGCUUGGACUGGUACCGGUUUGCUGAAGUUUUGGCCAAUGUUCCUAUGUCUAAGUUUUUAGAAGGAAACUGUGGCAAUAUCGAUGCCAAAUAGCAACGCGACUAAACGCACCUGUUAAAAAUCAAGUUUUUUUUUACAUAAAAACGUACAUACUAAAGGCAUUUGUUUAAGAUUGCAUAACCCAAUAUGGAACCAAACCAACGCCACCUGUCCAAUUUCUACAAAGUGUACGACUGAGAGAAAAAGUCUUCGAUAAUCGAUUGUCGAGCCAGAGGCACCCAGUGCCAGGAGAGGCCAUACUAUUCCCGCUGCCACGUGCCUCACUAUGCCGAACAUGUCCAGCAUCAAGGCGGAGCAGCAAAGUGCACCCUUGGGCACUACCGGAAGUAGCUUUCAGCUACCGACGAACAGCAAUGUAACCACCACAACGGCGAUGCCGGCGGGUGCUGCUGGAGGAGCCACCCCUUCCAGGCACAACGUCUCCGUGACGAACAUUAAGUGCGAGCUGGACGAACCCCCCACGCCCAACGGCAACCUAGUGCCGGUAAUAGCCAACUAUGAACUCCAUUCCGGCAGCCUGCUUAUACCGCUGACCGGACAACCCAGCCAAGAGGACGAGUCCGACUCGGAGGCAGAACUGACCAACAUUGAGAACCUAAAGGUGCGGCGACGGGCCUCGGACAAGAAUGGCCCGCGGCCCAUGUCCUGGGAGGGUGAGCUAAGCGAACCGGAGGCCGACGGCGGCGAGGAGCCCAUGGAGACCGAGCCGACGAUCAAAAGGGAGAUCCUAGCCUCUCAUGCUGCCACGACCCUGCAACCGAUCAAGACCGAGCUGGAGAACAUUGACGGGGAACUGAACCAGCAACAGGGAAAGCCAUACAUGCUGACCAGCUCGACGCCGCACUCUGGCCCGAAGCUGAAGCUGGCGCCGACCCAGAGCGACCCGAUUAAUCUUAAGUUUGAGCCACCGCUGGGGGACAACUCACCGCUCCUGGCAGCCCGCAGCAAGUCGAGUAGCGGUGGCCAUCUGCCGCUGCCCGCGAAUCCCAGUCCGGACUCCGCCAUACAUUCCGUCUACACGCACAGCUCGCCCUCCCAGUCACCGCUGACGUCCCGACACGCCCCCUACACGCCCUCGCUCAGCCGCAACAACAGUGAUGCCUCCCACAGCAGCUGCUACAGCUACAGCUCGGAGUUCAGUCCCACCCACUCGCCCAUUCAGGCGCGUCAUGCUCCGCCCAGUGGAGUCCUUUACGGCAACGGAAGUCUGCACCACCACAGCGUGCUGUACCGACCGCUCAAGAUGGAGGCAUCGUCCACCGCCUCAUCCGGCAGUCACGAGGCGCAGAAUCUAAGCAUGGACUCUGUCUGCAGCAGCCUGGACGUGGGUAGCUCGGGCUCAUCCCUGCCCGCUUCGCCGGCUGGCAUUUCACGGCAGCAACUCAUCAACUCUCCGUGUCCCAUUUGCGGCGACAAAAUCAGUGGCUUCCACUACGGCAUCUUCUCCUGUGAGUCCUGCAAGGGAUUCUUCAAGCGCACUGUGCAAAAUCGGAAGAACUACGUCUGCGUGCGGGGUGGGCCCUGCCAGGUCAGCAUCUCCACGCGCAAGAAGUGUCCGGCCUGCCGGUUCGAAAAGUGCCUGCAAAAGGGCAUGAAGCUGGAAGCCAUCCGGGAGGACAGGACGCGUGGCGGUCGGUCCACCUAUCAGUGCUCCUACACGUUACCCAACUCGAUGCUCAGCCCGCUUGUGAGUCCGGACCAGGCGACAGGAUCUGCAACGGUGGCUAGCCCACAGCAGCAACAGCAGCCAAAUCAGCAACAGAGACUUCAUCAACUAAACGGAUUUGGUGGUGCUUCUCUGUCCACCUCGGUUUCCCUGCCCGCCAGCCCGAAUCUUGGGGCCUCCAUCAAGGUGGAGGAAUCGCUGGAGUCGGCGAAGCAGAGCCAACGAACUGGAAGCAUUCCGCCGCUCCUGAAGGAAAUUAUGGAUGUUGAACAUCUAUGGCAGUACACCGACGCAGAGCUGGCCCGCAUCAAUCAACCUCUGUCUGCAUUCGCCUCCGGAAGCUCCUCGUCGGGAGCAUCAUCUGCGGCUUCCUCAGCCGCCCACGGGCAACAGCCACAAGUGACCAAUCCACUGCUGGCCAGUGCUGGUCUAUCAUCCAACGGAGAAAACGCCAAUCCCGAUCUGAUCGCCCAUCUGUGCAACGUGGCCGACCACCGUCUUUAUAAAAUAGUGAAAUGGUGCAAGAGUUUGCCGCUUUUUAAAAAUAUUUCGAUCGAUGAUCAGAUAUGUUUGCUAAUCAAUUCGUGGUGUGAGCUAUUGCUCUUCUCCUGCUGCUUUCGAUCCAUCGACACUCCCGGCGAAAUAAAAAUGUCACAAGGAAGAAAGAUAACCCUGUCGCAGGCCAAAUCCAAUGGUUUGCAGACCUGCAUUGAAAGAAUGCUUAAUCUGACAGAUCACUUGAGACGUUUGCGAGUCGAUCGCUAUGAAUACGUUGCCAUGAAGGUGAUUGUGCUGCUACAGUCAGAUACAACGGAGUUGCAGGAGGCUGUCAAGGUGCGCGAGUGCCAGGAGAAGGCAUUGCAGAGCUUACAGGCCUAUACCCUGGCCCACUACCCGGAAACUCCCUCCAAGUUUGGAGAACUCCUGCUCCGUAUUCCCGAUCUGCAGCGUACAUGCCAGCUUGGAAAGGAGAUGCUUACGAUCAAGACUCGCGAUGGGGCCGAUUUCAAUUUGCUGAUGGAGCUUUUACGCGGAGAACAUUGACAAUUGAUUAUUCAGAUGGAAGUCCGCUACCAUUGGCACAAGUUUUACAUAUUUAGUAUUAGCUAUUAUGUAUUUAGGAUUACGUUUUCUAACUAUAAGCUCUGAAAAUAUGUGCCUAAAACCAAAGCCACAGCAGCAGCUUAGUCGAGCCCGUAGCGGAGAAUGAAACUAAGCGCAAAAUUUGCCAAAUUUUUACACAAAUAUAUAUUUUGAUAUAUGCCAUGUCAGGGGCUUCGAUUGCUGGUGUUGUCGGCCGGUGUUCCAGUAAAGAAAAAGUAUAUAACGUUUUUGCUAUAUAUACAUAUUUGACUUAUGUAUAAAGAAAACUAAAGCACACAUGGAAAAUGAAAAGACUAAGAAAUUUAUUUAAGGGAUUAACUUUAGUAUAACGAAGAAAACGCAUAAAAAAAAAAGAAAAAAUAAUAAGAAUCAAGAAUCAAAUUAAGAUAGCGACUUUUUAUAUGUAUCUAUUUAAGAGCAAAUAUUCAAACUAUUUUUUAAUGAAAUGCCAAAACCGAUUUGGUGUAAAGAUGAGCUGCUAGAGAAGAGAAUUUUCGAUACAUAUAUCUAUAUACAUAUAUACAUUAAUGCAAAUCGGAUAAAGUCCAAUUUUUAAAAGUUUUAGCAUUUAGUCUUAGUGCAAUUUCACCCACGUCUACUUAAUGCAUGCCGCAGAUAUGGUCGCAACACUUUCAACAAGAAAAGACCCCUCAACAGAGCCAGACUAGGGCUGGUUAAGACUCCUCCAGUGAUUCUAUUUGUUACAUGAAAAUACACACACACCCGACUACUUAUACAAUAUACAUGGUAGUAUAUAUAUAAAUCAAAUGUAUAAUUGAAUUGUAUUUUUUAAGUUUGCAUUGAUUUCUUCUUUAUAAUUAUUAUUAUUAGUCAUUCUUACUUAAAUAGCUGAAGCAAAUCCUGCAACAGGAUUAAAAACACCUAACAAGAAAGUAACAGUUACAUGGUAUAAUUAGUAUGAGGUACUCGUAUUUGGCGAUGUUACCCUUUGUUCGUGCAAAUGUACAUACAUAUAUAAUACCGGUAAUCGGACUUAAACGACCUUCGUAAUACGGAUAACCUAUUGUGAAGGAACUUUUCUGAAGUUCCUGGAUAGGCAUGUCGUCUUAAGUCCGGAGUACCGGCUAUUUGAAUGCCGUCUUUACUAAUUUUUCGCUUAUAAAUACAUAUGUUUCUUCAAUAGCUAGAUCUGUAUCCUGAAUAUUUGUGUCUAUAUGUGUGUACGUUAACUAUAAAACUUUUAGCCCCACCAGAAAACAAAAAACAAAACUCAAAAUAGAAAAACU